GCCUCUAGCGGGACUGGCUCUCGCACAGACCCUUGGGGAGCCUGGCACCUUCCUGUCCUCGCAAAGGGCUCCAGGUCUGAAGAUGCUGAGGAUUGUCAUCUGUGCCAUCUCCAUCCUGGGGUCCGUCUUAUCUCAUGACCCCCAGGGCCACGUCUCUGUCAUCCUCCUGGGAGCCACGGGGGACCUGGCCAAAAAAUACCUGUGGCAGGGCCUUUUCCAGCUCUACCUGGAUGAGGCAGCCAACGGCCACAGCUUUCGCUUCCACGGGGCAGCCCUGAAUCCCCCCGAGCAGGGGUGGCAGCUCAUGACCCAGGCGCUGGACAAGCUCUCCUGCCCCUUGGACGUGCUGCCCGAGUCCUGCGCAGAGCUCAAGGGGCAGUUUCUGAAAUUGAGCCAAUACUGGCAGCUGCAGACAGCUGAGGACUACUCGACCCUAAGCCAGGACAUUGAGAGCCGGCUCCAGCAGGAGGGGCGUCGGGAGGCCGGGAGGAUCUUCUACUUUUCUGUUCCUGCCUUCGCCUAUGCAGGGAUCGCCCAGCACAUUAACAGCAGCUGUCGGCCAGGGCCAGGAGCCUGGCUGCGUGUGGUCCUCGAGAAGCCCUUUGGCCAUGACCGCCGCUCGGCCCAGGAGCUCUCCAAGGAACUUGGCACCUUCUUCCGAGAGGAGGAGAUGUAUCGUGUGGACCACUACCUUGGCAAGCAGGCAGUGGCCCAGAUCUUGCCCUUCCGAGACCAGAACCGUAAUGCCCUGGACCGGCUUUGGAACCGGCACCAUGUGGACAGGGUGGAGAUUGUCAUGAAGGAGACAGUGGAUGCAGAGGGUCGCAUCAGCUUUUAUGAGGAAUAUGGAGUCAUUCGAGAUGUCAUCCAGAACCACCUGACCGAAAUCCUCAUGUAUGUAGCCAUGGAGCUCCCCCGAAACCUCAGCAACCCAGAGGAGCUGCUUCGGUGCAAGUUGCAGACCUUUCGGGCUCUUCGGAGUCUGGAGAAAGGGAACACUGUCCUGGGGCAGUACCAGGCUUACGGGGGGCAGGUCCAGAAGGAGCUGCAGAAGCCUGCUGGGUAUAUGAGCCUGACACCAACCUUUGCAGUAGUUGCUUCUGCUGCCGCUGCCGCUUUUGCUGUGGCAGUUGCUAUUGCUGCUGCUGCCGCCGCCGCGGGGGCGGGGACGAAGGCAGGAGGAAGGGGCGGAGGGAGGCGCCGCGGGGGGCGGUGCCCAGCCCCAGCUGAGCGCUCUCGGGCACGUGACCGCGCGGGGCUCGGCUCUCGGCUGCUCUCGCGCCCCCUCCGAGGAGCCCCGGGGAGCGGAGUGUCUUGCGCCCCCAGCCCCAGCCUCAGCGCCAGCGGGCUCGGCCCGGGCAGCAGCAGAAACUGCAGCGGCUGCGAGAGCAACCUUGACAGCACCAGCAGCGGCGGCGUCUCGCGCUCUUCCGCCCGGCGCACUCCGGGGCGCCCCGGGGAGAGCCCGCGGGAGAAGGAGGGGAGCCGCGUCCCCUCGGAGGAGCCCACUGAGCCAGCACAUUUGCAUCGCUGUAUUUCUAGGGCCAGGGCGGAGGGCGGGCUGCAAACACACACCCCCAGGCUCCGGCGGGGCAGACAGACGCGGCGGCUGCCUGCGGCUGCGGGAUCUCCGCGGACUCUGCCUCGCUCUCUGCAUCUGGAGCAGCGCCCCCGCUUCAUGCCCAGGGUCCCCUCGGCCGGCGGGCGGGCGGGAGGGACAAGGAGCCGCCGGCCCGGCCCCCACGGACUGCUGCAGCCUCGGGAGUCCGAGCGCGGGGGCGGCCGCCAACUGGCGGCGCGGAGCUCUGGAGCGGUAGGUGGACCCCCCGCGGGCCUGGGAAGGGCGGGGGAGGGGGGACGGGCGGCAGCGGCACCCCGGCUCUCGGAGCCUCCCCGCGCCUCCCGAGGUCUCCGCCUGGUGGCUGUUGCUUUUGCGGCCGCCCCAGGGCUGCUCUAG